GUGGAAGGAGCCGAGGAGGAACAAGGAGGAGCCGUUCGUGAGGGAAAGCAGGUGGUCAAACUCGAGGCUCCCCUCAAGCUUGAAGCUGCCUUGACCCUCUGCCCUCAUUCCUGUCCCCAGGAUGACGCGCCACGGCAAGAACUGCACAGCCGGAGCCGUCUACACCUAUCACGAGAAAAAGAAGGACACAGCGGCCUCGGGCUACGGGACCCAGAACAUUCGGCUGAGCCGUGAUGCUGUCAAGGACUUUGACUGCUGUUGCCUCUCCCUGCAGCCCUGCCACGACCCUGUGGUCACCCCCGAUGGCUUUCUGUACGAGCGGGAGGCCAUCCUCGAGUACAUCCUGCGCCAGAAGAAGGAGAUUGCCCGGCAGAUGAAGGCCUACGAAAAGCAGCGGGGUGCCCGGCGCGAGGAGCAGAAGGAGCUGCAGCGGGCAGCAGCCCAGGACCAGGUGCGGGGCUUCCUGGAGAAGGAGGCAGCCAUUGUGAGUCGGCCCCUGAACCCCUUCACGCCCCGGCUCCCGGACCCAGAGGAGGCCCAGCCGGGCCCCAGCAAAGACAAGGACAAGGACAAGGCCCUACCCAGCUUCUGGAUCCCAUCGCUGACCCCCGAGGCCAAGGCCACCAAGCUGGAGAAGCCGUCCCGCAUCGUGACCUGCCCCAUGUCGGGGAAGCCUCUGCGCAUGUCCGACCUGACCAGCGUGCGCUUCACGGCCCUGGACGCCUCCCUGGACCGCGUGGGGCUUAUCACGCGCUCCGAGCGCUACGUGUGCGCCGUGACCCGAGACAGCCUCAGCAACGCCACUCCCUGCGCCGUGCUGCGGCCCUCUGGCGCCGUGGUCACUCUGGAGUGCGUGGACAAGCUGAUUCGGAAGGACAUGGUGGACCCAGUGAACGGGGAGAAGCUCACCGACCGCGACAUCAUUGUGCUGCAGCGGGGUGGCACCGGCUUCGCAGGCUCCGGAGUGAAGCUGCAGGCGGAGAAGUCUCGGCCCGUGAUGCAGGCCUGAGCCCAGGGAAAACCAAUAAACUGGCUGCCCCGC